AUGGCUGAAACCGCUGCAAAGAAGCUCAAGACUGCUCCCUUGAUCGGGACUCACAACGGCCACUUCCAUGCUGAUGAGGCUCUAGCAGUUUAUCUGCUCCGCCUGUUGCCCAGCUAUGCUGGAUCCCCGUUGAUCCGCACUCGCGAUCCUGCCCAGCUGGAAACCUGCCACACUGUGGUCGAUGUGGGUGGUGUCUACGAUGCUGAGACCAACCGCUAUGAUCACCACCAGCGCACCUUCGACACCACCUUCCCCCAGCACAACACUAAGCUUUCCUCCGCUGGUCUGGUUUACAUGCACUUUGGCCGAGCCAUUAUUGCCCAAUCUCUCUCCCAACCUCAGGACCACCCCGAUGUCGACCUUCUGUACGAGAAGCUCUACACUGACUUCAUCGAAGCUAUUGAUGCCAAUGACAACGGUAUCUCCGCCUACGAACCGGCUGCUAUCUCUGCCGCCAACCUGCAGAAGCGCUUCAAGGAUGGUGGCGUCACUCUUGCCUCCAUUGUCGGCGACAUGAACAACCCAGACCCCACCAGCCCAGCCGGCGAGCCCCAAGAUGAGGACAGUCUAUUCGGUCGUGCUAGCACUCUGAUCGGUAACGUCUUCGCUCGCAAGCUGCACCACGCUUGCAACUCUUGGUUGCCAGCCCGUACCAUCGUUGGCGAUGCGUACCAGUCGCGCAAGGAGGUUCACUCCUCUGGCCGUAUCAUCGUUUUCCCGCAGGCCGAUGCUAGCUCCGAGGUUUACUAUGUUCUGUACCCCGAAAGCGCUGCUGAGGAUUCUAAGUGGCGCGUGCAAUGCGUUUCUGAGUCUGAGGGUAGCUUCGUCUCGCGCAAGCCUCUCCCUGAGGCCUGGCGCGGAGUGCGUGACCAGGACUUGGAUGGCGUUCUGGCUUCUGAGGCUGAGAAGGCGGGCCAGGCGAAGCUGCCUGAGGGUGCUAUCUUUGUCCACGCUAGCGGAUUCAUUGGUGGCCACAAGACCAAGGAGGGUGCCUUGGCUAUGGCUAUUCGCAGCUUGGAGUAA